UGGAGACACAUUAGCGUUCUCAAACUGCUUUACAGAAGUGACUGGUGCAGUAACCUAUCGACAAUGGAGUGCACCUCUACAGCAAAUAUCUCUACAGAGAUUGAAGAUGAAUUUGAAGAUGAACAUGAAGAAAAGGAAGUAGAAGUAGAAUCUGAAACUGAACAACGAGAAGCCCCCAAGGACGUCAAGACAACUUUCAACACGGCCCAUAGGGAAUGGAUUCCCUCCACUUUCUGUAAUAUUCCAAAGGAGUCCUAUCUGAUUGCAGGUUAUGACAUCACCAUCCACGAAUCGACAGAUCACUUUGGAGCAGUGAUCUGGCCAGCGGCAAUUGAGUUGAGCCACUUUUUAGAAAACAACUGGAAGGAAUUUGAUCUUACUGACAAGAAUGUAUUAGAAUUAGGAGCUGGAACAGGACUAUUAUCUGUUGUGGCUUGUUUGCUAGGUGCCUGUGUGACUGCUACUGAUCUCUCCUGUUCAUUGGGUAAUUUACAAAGUAACCUUAUGAGAAAUACACGAAACAGAAGCAGACAUCUACCUCAGGUUAAGGAGUUGGCUUGGAAUGUAGAUAUGGAUAAAAACUUCCCUCACUCUGAACUUCGUUACGAUUACAUCCUUGCAGCAGAUGUUGUUUAUCAUCAUGACUAUCUGGAUGAACUACUGGCUACGUUUGUUUAUUUCUGUCAACCAGACACUGUAAUAUUGUGGGCAAACAAACUUAGAUUUAAAUCAGACUAUGAGUUUUUGGAAAAAUUCAAGCAAACUUUUGAUACAAUAAUUCUGGCAGAUGAUACAAAUUCUGAAAUGAUAAUAGUUAAAGGAACAAGAAAGUGUGAUAAUGAAACUUGUUGAAAUUAAAUUUGGAAUUUCCUUUCAAAACUUCACAGAAUCAUUCACAA